UUUCCACAAUGGAAAUUAACUUCCAAAAACAUCAGCAAACAGAAGCAAUUUCACUAAACAAAGCAACAAAAUUCAAAGGGCGAAAACGAAGCAAAGGGCCUAAUAGUUUUGUUGGUGUAAGACAAAGGCCAUCAGGAAAAUGGAUAGCUGAGAUUAAAGACACAACACAAAAGAUAAGAAUGUGGCUUGGAACUUAUGAAACUGCUGAAGAAGCUGCUCGUGCCUACGAUCAAGCUGCUGUUCUUCUUCGUGGAUCAAAUACACGAACCAACUUUCUUACAACUCGUGUUUCUCAAGAUUCUCCUCUUGCUUUACGGAUUAGGAAUCUUCUCAAGAUCAAGAAAGUCGCAAAGGAAAAAAGCCUGGAUUACUUAGCUGAUUCCACAUGUACUAGUAGUACUACUACUAGUGAAGUAAUUAGCAAUUGUGAUGAUCCAAUUUCAAGUGAAUAUGCAAAAAAGAGCAAUCUUUAUGAAAAAUUACUUUCUUAUGAUCAAGAAAGUCAAUUUUUCGACAGCAACUCUGUUCAAAGUAGCACUACUAGUGUGACUAGUUCAAACACCAGCAACUGUGCUGAUCCAAUGUCAAGUGAAAAUGCAAAAAAGAGCUAUCUUUAUGAAGCACUGCUUUCUUACAACAACAACAUACUUAGUAUAAUCCCACAAGUGGGAUCUGAGGAGAGUAGUGCUUACACAAACAUUACCCCUAUGUUGGGAGGUAGAGAGAUUGUUUCCGAUAGAGAAACAGUACUUUCUUGUAAUCAAGAAAACCAACUAAUUUUCGACAGUAACUCUGUUCAAAGUGCUACUACUAGUGUGACUAGUUCAAACAUCAGCAAUUGUGAUGAUCCAAUUUCUAUUGAAAAUGCAAAAAGGAGCAAUCUUUACAAAACACUACUUUCUUACAACAACAUACUCAGUGUAAUCCCACGGUCUGAGGGAGGUGACAUUACCCCUACAUUGGAAAGUAAAGAGGUUGUUUCCGAUAGAGAAAUAAGAGUACUUUCUUGUGAUCAAGAAAGUCAAGUGUUUGAUGAUUUUAACACAUACAAGCCUGAUUUAGACAUAAGCACAUCAUCAUCAUCAUCAUCAUGUUUUACGCGGACUGAAUUAUCAUGGGAUUUCGAAGAAUUGUUAGAUAUUCCUUUAACAGAAUUUGAGGUAAUGAAAGUGGAAAGACAGAUAUCAGCAUCGCUUUAUGCAGUGAAUGGUGUUCAAGAUUACAUGGAAAUCAUUCAUGAGUCUCUUUGGGAUCAUCAUCACCCCCUUUCUUAUUCUUGGUAA